AUGCGGAAACCAUUUAUUUAUUUCUUGAAUAAGAUUAUUUUGUGUAAUAUUAAUAUUCAUCUUCUCUUGCAGAUUGAUAAAAGCCUUUCAUUCCUCAAUGGCUAUGUCCAGCAAGCACUAGAGAAAGGUGCUCAGCCCUAUAUUCCCGAGAAUGAGCGCUCUGGAAUGUUAAAUAUCAGCAACUUCUGUAACCAAGAUCAGCAUGAAGCUUUAACCCAUGGUCUUAGGUUUGCGGCAUAUGAGCUUCCAAAGCUAGCAGUGCCAUCAAGAAUUCCUCCAGCUGCAGUUGCAUCCUCUGUUGAAUUAUAA